AUGAGUACCAGAGAGAAAGGGCCUCAUGUUCGUGACCAGCAUUUUGCUGAAGGUGAUGACUUCCUGAGUCUGACACCAAGCCACAGGCAGGUCACAAAGGUGACAAAUGGCUCCUCAGGAGAGAAGUCAGCCGAGCCGACAACACUUCAGUCGGGAAUUCCAAGAAGACCACGGGGCCGUCCAGCCACAAAACAUGGCGCGGUGGAGAGAGGUUGCUCAGGUGAGAAAACCUGCUCAGCAGAGAAAAAGCCGUCCACCGAGAAGCAUCACAUUGCAGAAAAAAGAUGCAUUGCUAGGAUGUACUACGUUAUGCGGUACACCCCCUUGCCUAAGAUGCUUCUGUUUGACAAUGACUCUUGCGAUGAUGAAAAAUGUCCUGCUACUAAAAAAGGACCUUGCGAUGAUGAAAAAUGUCCUGCUACUAAAAAAGGACCCUGUGACAGGAGACACCAGUUCAAGAAGCAAUUCUCUGGGAAGAGGCGUCGCCAUUUUGAGAAAAGUUGCUGUUUUGAGAAGCAUCUCUCGGCUGAGAAAGAUCUCCCUACACAGAGAGGUUGCCUGAACAAGAAAAGACGUCUUACAGACAAAUAUUGUUCUACAGAGGAAGGUGGUUUGGGUGAGAGAGGUCCCUAUGAAGAGAGAGGCCACACUCCUGAGAGAGAUCAACCUGCAAAGAAAGGUUUUUCUACUAAGAAGAGUCCAUCUCCUAAGAAAGGUUACUUGGACGGGAGAGGACCCUCUGUGGAAAACCAUCACCCCGAAGAGAAAGACCGCUCAGCGAAGAAACUUAGCUGUACUCAGAGAGAUCGCUGGAUAGAUGGAGAGCGUUCUGUGAAGAGAGAACUCUCCACUGAGGAAGAUCACCCUGUAGGGCGAGGUUGGCCUGACAACAAAAGUCACCUGGCAGAGAAGGGUUGGUCAGCAAACAAGAGUGGAUCUCCAGGGAGAGGCCACCAAAUCAAAAGCCACCCUGCACAGGAGCGUUGCUCAAUCGAAUGGGUUUACUUGGCACGGAGCAGACUCUUUGCAGGUGAAGAUACCCCGACAGGGAGAGGUCACUGCAUGCAAAGUUGCCCUGCAAUGGAGGGUCGCUCAGUGGAAAGAGGUGACGCUGUGGAGAAAAGACCUUCCACAGGGAAAGAUCACCCCACGGGGAGAAGUCACCCUCUGAGGAAACACAGCCCUGCAGAGGAGGGUCAGUCAGCAGAUAGGGGACACACUGCAAGGCAAAAUCUCCCCACAGAGAGAGGUAGGCUUUCAAAGAAAAGCCUCUGUGCAGAGAAACGUCUAUCUGCUGAGAGCAGUUGCCCUCCUAAAAAGAGUCGGCCUGCAGAGAAAAACCCGUCUUCCAAGAGUAUCCAUUCUGCAGAGAAAGCUCACUAUGGGGAGAGAGGCCACCUUACUAAGAAAAAGAGACAGCUCUCUGUCAAGAAAGGGAGAGUGGAAAAGAAAUUUGGUUCUCGUGAGAGUGUUGAGAUUCAUGACAGCUACACUCAUGAGGAAAGUAACACAGGCAAGAAUGGGUGCUCAGUGGAGGAAGGUCAUCACUUCAUGGAGAAAGACUUUCCUGUAGGGACACCCUCUUCAGGAUCUAUGCCUGCGUUGCCAGUGCCCAAGAGCACACAGGAUGCUCCAGAAAGCAGCAUUGGCAGUGCUACCAGCCAAGUACCCCAGGCCACUCACCAGAAUGUGGCUGGGGCUGUCACCACUGGACAGCAUAUCCAGGCAGUGAAUAUGAGAAUGGGAGUUGAAUUGGAGUUGCCUCGAGAACUAAAAGCAUGCAUUGUUGAGGACUUGGACUUGGUAAACACGCACAAGCAGUUAUUCCAACUCCCUGCUGAAAAGAAUGUAGAUCACAUUCUCGAAAACUAUGUCAACUUCGUGAAAUCACAGGGAAAGUCUGAUAAUGGGGAAUAUUCUGUUGAUGAACUUGUGUAUGGAAUAAGAGAGUAUUUCAACAGGAUGCUGGGCACCAAGCUCCUCUGCCAGUUUGAAAAACCCCAGUAUGCUGAAAUCCUCCUGGCUUACCCAGAUCUUCCAAUGUCUCAGAUUUAUGGGGCGUCACACCUCCUGCGAUUAUUUGUGAAUAUUGGCAGUGCAUUGACCAAUUUUUCCCUUAAUAGGUGCAGUCUAAUGUUAGUGUCCAGUUAUAUGCAAGAUUUCUUUAAUUACCUAUCAGAGAAUUCCUCUUCUCUGUUUACAGCCAGCAAUUACAAAAUGGCUUCUGUCGCAUAUUGUUUUCAAGCCCUUUGAGGAUCUGUUGACCACUCUAUUAUGACCUAGACAAGUAAACAUUUCUGUGUUUGCUGUUUUCAUUUUGUAUUUGAUGUUCUUGAAAAGUAUCAGGGUACAACAUGGCUUAGUAUUUCAGCGUAGUAUUGUUGUGAAUAGAAAUAUAGAUAUUUAAUGACUUUU